AUGGGUUCAUCAUUCACCAGAAUGCUGUCCUAUUUUCCUAGAAAGGAACAAAUUCGUAUACUUAUGUUGGGUCUCGACGCAGCAGGUAAAACGACUGUUCUUUAUAAGAUGAAACUCGGUGAAGUCGUGACAACGAUUCCUACGAUUGGUUUCAAUGUUGAAACACUUGAAUUUAAAAAUCUUAGCGUCACAGCUUGGGAUGUCGGUGGUCGCGAUAAAAUCCGACCUUUGUGGCGACACUAUUAUCAAAACACCAAUGCCAUAGUUUUUGUAGUCGAUUCAAACGAUCGAGAACGAAUAAAUGAUGCUUCCGAACAGUUGCAUUCGAUGAUCAAUGAAGAUGAACUUCGUGACAAGCCGCUUCUCAUCUUAGCUAAUAAACAAGAUUUACCAAAUGCAAUGUCGACUAUUGAAUUACAAGAUAAGCUUGGUUUGGAUAAGUUGAUUGGCCACACGAUAUGGUGCGUCCAAGCAACAGUAGCUACAACAGGCGAUGGUCUUUACGAAGGUUUUGAAUGGUUGUCAAAGGCAGCGGUAAACAAAAAUGAUAAUAUAUCACAGCCACUAAAAGAAACAAUAUGCGACUCGAAAAUGAUGAAAGACGACAUCCUGUCGAUGUUUUAUUCAAUCAAUGUAAAAUCAAUAUUUGCUAAAAUCAUUCAACAAUGA